CUGAAGUUGAGUGCUGUCGAAUCGCCAUAUUUGUGUUUGAUGACAACAUGAAAAUGGUAGACCAAAAAAACGUCCCGUGGACGCCUAGGGAAGGACGUUUUGGGCCAGUUAGAGACUACACGAAGAACAUCCCUCCCCGCCACCUUGCAGUCAUUAUGGUUAUAAAUGACAUUUUCGUCGGACCGAUUUUCGAUUGGACAACACAACAGCAUUUUCGAUCAUAUCUGGGCAGUACAUUUGCACCUGGAAUAAUUUUUGGAUACAGUUGGGCCUUUGCCUAUGUUUCCAACACAAGCCAAACAUGGGAGAGUUUUCCAACUACUUAUUGGCCUAAUAUCGAUUUGAGGUUCAAUCUAGCUACAACACAAACUGUUGUAUCAGACCCUGACUCGAAAUUAGUUUCAAUGAGGGUGUCAUCAUCACUGCACUCUGGAGACAUCUACCAAGUAGUACCAGCCUUGUUUGGUUAUGAUCUGUUUACACGGCCAUCAGUUUCUGGCAAGUUGAUACAGGCAACUCCGUUCGACAUGUGCACACCACCUGAAGUCCCAUUAGAUGAAAGAAUUGCUGUGGUUUAUCGAAGCAAAGCAUAUUAUUACUACGCCCCUCUGGUCAACAUGACAAUACCCCGGUUAAUGGCUGCAUUGAGUGGUGUCGAUACCAAUCAAAUACAUAUUCCAGUAGUGUUCAUGGGACAACAUGACGGAAUACAUUUCCUAGAUGUGAUGUGGGUGGAUCCAGAACUUAUAAUUGUGCUAGAGUCUAACCAUGUGACCUCAGGUACCUGUCCAUAUGCCACAGGUGUUGUUGAUCCUCUAGGGGUACAAUAUAGUCCACCAGGAUCUUACCUUGUUGAAGCACCAGAGGGGAAAGGUUCAUCGCACUCGAAGCCAGAGAAUUCGCCCUCAGAGGAUUCGAACAUUGACAGGACAUCGUCCUUGUGUUUUUUAGACCUACUUGACAUCGUCAAGCAGAAACACAGUAAACAGUAUGCCUGCUAA